CAUGUCGCCGGGACUCAGCAACUUCAUCGACGCGGUACACUGUGAUACACUAAAUGCCUACUGGCAAUGCAGCUAUCCGCAAGGCCAACAAGGCAACAGCGGUGGAACUCGCAGUUUCUGUCCCCGCCUUGUACCAGGCAGAUGGUCGCCAGUUCAGGAUCUCCGUAAGAACGGCAAAAGACCUCUCCGAGCACGAGCGCGCCCAGAUAUGGGAGUUGUUCGAGGAGAACAUGUAUACCCUCUACGUCGACUCAUCAUUUGGGUGGACCCCAAGAUCUAAGAAGCAGGAAAUGUUCGAUGCACGAUCUCGUUUCAUAAUCGCUUCUCAAGAAGACGCCCUAACUCCUAACCCGCCGGACAUCGUUGCAUACACUAUUUUUCGCUUCGACAGAGAGGAACGUCAGGAUGUCGUUUACUGUUACGAACUUCAGGUUUCCAAGAGCGCCAGACAUUGUGGUCUUGGGAAACUACUCACGCAGAAACUUUCCGACAUCGGCGCAACAUGGGGAAUGGAGAAAGUCAUGCUCACAGUCUUCAAAGAUAACCAGUUGGCACUUUCGUUCUAUCGCUCUGUCGGCUUUUCUAUCGAUGAGAUUUCGCCAGAUCAUCUGGCCAAUUCAGAAGAGGGAGCUUCACACAAUACCGACUAUUCCAUUCUGUCAAUCCCAAUACUAUGAUACAGGCUCACACGUCCAAUACUAAGCGGUAACAUUUCAGAAGUAUGUACAUACACCGUACAGAAAAGCGAGCA